CUUCAGGGACAGGAAGGUGCCAAUAUUGCAAAGUGCUUCAAGUCAAAAGAUUUUAGUGCUUUCAUGGCUAGUGGGAUUCGUGCAGAAGGAGAAAAAUAUCAGUUUUUAAGAGAGGAGGAAGGCAAAUUAGUUCUUGGAAAAAAGAAGGAUCAGGGGGCGAUUACUUUACAAGCUAGCAAAACAGCAGUAGUCAUUGGUCACACCGCAGAGGGUUGCCAACAAGGAAAUACAAACAAAGGUGUAGCAGUCAUAGCAGAAUAUUUGGAAUCAUUGGGCAUGUAACACCAGCAACUUAGUCAUGUUAAUAUUUUGUACCAUUGUUGUUCUAUGAUCCUCCCUCCAACCUUGUAAAAUUGAAGUCAUAAGUUCCUUAAUUUCACAAGUAUGUCAGUCUGCAUCAAAUUGACAUUUUAGCUAACAACAUUUGUCUGGAUUAACAUGCAGUGAAGAAUUGAAAACAAAAUGCUUAUUUUCUGAUAUCAUUUUAGAAUAUAAAAAUAAUAGCAGUAGCUUGUGAUCCUUUUUUGUCAGAGAAAAUUAACUGUCACAAUAAACUAAUAAUUGGGAAAUUUGUCCCAAACCACGUUA